AUGACCCUACACCCCUUCACUUGUCUCCAGGCAGACCCCCGCUGCUCCCCCCACAGCCGCGGCUCACCUCUGCCCAUGGCUUCCGAGGAGCCCACGAUCCCCCCGGCCCCCGCAGCCCCCGGGAGGAAACGUCGGAGGAAAGGGAAGGAGAAACCCGUUUCGGGGGAGGGGGACAACGGGGAGAGCGGGGACGAUGGAGCGGGGCGGGUGGCUGAAAUCGAGGGGCUGACGCGGGCCGGGUGCCGGGCGCUGGGGCUGGGGGACACGCGGGAGGCACUGGGCUGCUUCAGGAGGGCGGUGGGACUCUCGCUGCGCACCCCCAGCCCAUGGCUGCGCAGGGAUUGCGCCUUCCGCCUGGGGGCCGCCUACGUGGAGGCCGGGAAGCCCGGAAAGGGGCUGAAAUUCCUCCUCAAAUCCCGACCCUCGGACGGGGAACGGCCGGAGGGGCUCCGUUUCGACGUCGCUGCGGCUCACGAAGGGCUGAGGGAUUUCCCGGAGGCUCUGCGGGAUUCCGACGGGGCGGGGAGCAGCGUGGCGAUGGGCUGCUGCUACCUGGGCAUGCGGGAGCCCGAAAGAGCCGCCCGCUGCUUCCUGGAGGCGGCGCGGGGCUACGCGGGGGUCCACUGCCCCGACGCGGCCGCCGUGGCGCUGAGCAGAGCGAGCGGCUCCAUGCUGCAGAGCAGCCGAUUCGGGGCCGCCGAAGUCGCGGGGACCCUCGCCCGGUGCUGGGCGCUCUGUGACAGCAUCUCCGAUCCAGCCCUGCAGGGGAAGCUCUACAACGACAUCGGCCUCUGCUACUCCCAGCUGCUCAUCUUCCCGCUGGCUGCAGAGAGCUUUGAGCGCGCGCUCGCCGCAUGCCGCAGAGCACCAGGAUGCAGCGGGGAGGCUGCAGUGCUGCAGAACCUGGGUGCUGCCCGCAAUGCAUUGCAACACUUCAGCGCAGCCCUGGCCCCACACCGGCGAGCGGCAGCGCUGCACGGCACUGCGGGGAACCGGAGGGCGCAGGGGCAGUGCUUUGGGAACUUGGCGUACGCCUUCAGCCAGCUUGGGGAGCACGAGGCUGCUGCAGAGAACUACCUGCACGCCCUGCAGGCUUUCCGGGACUCGGGUAAGGGGCAGCAUCCCCAGGAGACCCCGGUGCCACGUGUCGGAGCUGUGCAGCAGCCAGCAGAGCUUGCAGCGAGCCCCGUGAUGCUUCACCGUGCAGCCAGAACUGAUGCAACCCUUUGGCAUGCAGGGGAUGUGCUGGGGCAGUGCAAAGCAUGUGAGGGGCUGGGGGCUGCCCGCUUUCACCUGGGGGACCCUCAGAGGGCCAUCAGGCACUACCAGGAGGCCUUGAGGCUGCUGUCCCGCUGCCAGGUACAGGGGACCCCAGGGAUGGACCCUACAUGCAUGGCACGCACCAACCACCCCCUGGGGAUGGCCUUAGUGGGGUCUCUUGCACAGGGCACCCCCAGGGCAGAUGGUGAGAGGAUUGUGACUGGGCUGACCCGCACCCUCCAGAUGCAGCUCUGCCUCCGGCCCACCCCGGCCCUGGACCUCGUCCCGCUGCAGUUCUGCUCCCCACUGCCCCACAUCAGUGGGACGCAGCCACGGAGACGCACGGUGUCCUUCCAGGACACAGGGCAGGAUGGGGGUGAAGCUGCACCGAGGGCACCACCUGUGGUGUCAGCACCAAAGCUUCGCCAUCCCCCCGCGCUCCCACCCUCCAUCCCCGCAGUGAUAGCACUACGAACGGCCCCCGACCCCCCCCGCAGCACCAGGGCCGGACCCAAGGAUCUGGGGGGCUGCACAGUGCUGUCUCAGUUCUGCAGUCUGCUGUGAGCACGGGGAGGAACACGGAGCAGAGCUGCACUUCCACCACCCAACGCGGCACGGAGCCGACUGCUCUCCUUGUGCUGUAAGAUCUCCCUCCAUAAAGGUGUGCUUUCAUAGAAUCGUGGAAUCAUUACGGUUGGAAAAGAUCCCCAAGAGCCCCAUCCCCAACCCCAACCCAUCCCCCCAAACCACAUCCCCACCUGCCACAUCUCUGUGGUGCCUGAACGUCUCCAGGGACAGUGACCCCUUUCCCCUUCUUGGGCAGUUUCAGUGACUGCUCUCUAGGAGAAGAAAUUAAUUCCAAGAUGCAACCCAACUCCCCUGGCACAGUGUGAGCCACCACCUCUUGUCCCAUCAUUGUUACCUAUGAGCAGAGGCUGACCCUCAUGGGGCCACAUAGAGUCUGACACAAGCCAGGAUCCCAAAAGCCUUCUGGGCCACUUGGGCACAGUGCUGGCUCACGGGCAACUGUUGGUCAACCAGUGGCCAACCGUUGGUCAAUUGCUGGUCAACCAUUGGCCAACCGUUGGUCAAUUGCUGGUCAACCAUUGGCCGACCACUGGUCAAUUGUUGGUCAACCAUUGGCAAACCGUUGGCCAACCACUGGUCAACCAUUGGUCAGUGGUUGGUCAACCAUGGGCUGAUCACUGGUCAAUUGUUGGUCAACCAUCGGCCAACCACUGGUCAAUUGUUGGUCAACCAUUGGCCAACCGUUGGCCAACCAUUAGUCAACCACUGGUCAACCAUUGGUCAAUGGUUGGUCAACUAUUGGCCAACCACUGGUCAAUUGUUGGUCAACCAUUGGCUCACCACUGGUUAAUUGCUGGUCAACCAUUGGCCAACCACUGGUCAAUUGUUGGUCAACCAUUGGCAAACCGUUGGCCAACCACUGGUCAACCAUUGGUCAAUGGUUAGUCAACCAUUGGACGACCACUGGUCAGUUGCUGGUCAACCAUUGGCCAACCACUGCUCAAUUGUUGGUCAACCAUUGACGAACCAAACAUUGGUCAACCAUUGGUCAGCUAUUGGUCAAUCAUUGGCCAACCAUCAGUCAACCACUGAUCAACAGUUGGCCAACCACUGGUCAACUAUUUGUCAACUGUUGGUCAACCAUCUGUCAAUCAUUUGUCAAUCACCGAUCAAUCAUUGGCCAAUCGUUGGUCAGCCAUUGGUCAGUCACUGGCCAACCAUCGGUGAACUGCAAUGAAACGCAAUGCAACACAGUGCAACACAGCACAGUGCAAUGCAAAGGAAUGCAGUGCAAAACAACACUGCACAAUGCAAUGCAACACAGUGCAACACAGCACAGGGUAAUGCAAAGCAAUGCAGCACAGAACAUUACUGCAAUGCAACGCAAAGCAACACAGUGCAACACAGCACAGUGCAAUGCAAAGCAAUGCAGUGCAACAGCACUGUGCAAUGCAACACAUUGCAAACCAGCACGGUGCAACGCAGUGCAAUGCAACACAACGUGGUGCAACACAAUGCGGUGCAACGCAAUACAAUGCAACACAGAGCAAAGCAGUGCAAUGCAACACAAUGCGGUGC